UAUACAGUAUUUGUUCAAUCCAAAUUCAGGUAUUAAGGGGUGAAUAAUUUUUUUAUUUGUAUUUUUAUGAUGUAUUCAUAUCAUUAUUACUCAUUCAUAGUCAGUACUGUAAUUUUGGGACUAUAAGCCGCAACCAUCAUAUUUUACAGGAAAACUUCAUUUAUAUAUAUGACUUACUGGACAAUAAACCACAGAUGCUUUAUAAGGUAUUUAUACUAAAAGACAUGCAGCUCAUCAGCAUUUCCAAGCCACGAGGUUCAAAAGAGGGAGAAAAAAGUAGCGGUCAUAGUCCGAUAAUUACGGUACUCCCGUGCUGUUACCGGUCAAAUCCAAUAUUAACCCUUAGCCAAGAUCAUAUUGGAUAUGUCAACUGUUUGUCUUGACGGUGCUACAGUAGGAAAAAAAACACUCCUUGUUUUUGCCUCUCCCCUCACAAAGCCUUCGGAGCAUCUCCCGCCUUGGUCUCCCGGCCCCGCCCCCGUCCUCGCCCCGUCUUCCGUUCUGCGCGCGGUCACCCGGGAGUGGCUGUCGCUCACCGUAGCCGCCCCCUCGCCCCUAGAUCGGCCGGCCCCCUCGAUCCCCGCUUUCCCCUCCGACGUUUUAGCUUCCCGGGAGGAGUCUGCGUCGGAAAAGGCGGCACCGUCGGUCACUCCGCCGCCGUUUCCCGAAGCGAUCCGACGUUCCCCGCCCGAGUCCCGGAGGCCUACGUCCUCUCGUAUCGAGUUAUUCAUUCAGGAAGAUGACGAUGAGGAAGCUAGUGAGGAGGUGGCGGAGAUUUUGACAGGCAGACUCAGUCCACAGGUAUAGCACGUGUGAGCCCACCUUCAAACUUUUCCACCAAGCAGUACAGUUGCUUUCUAAUUAGGCAAACCAAUAUUUUUUCGCUCAUUCGUAAGUGUUGCGCCGAUACUAUUUUUGCUUGCUCAAAUCAUUACCUGCCGUGACGUCCAAUCUAUUUGAAGUGGGAGGUCUGACGGCGCCAUCAAUGGCAGCUACUGAGUAAACAGCAGACGCUUUGACGUUGAUGAAAUAGACUAGUUAUGGCUUUGUUUUAAUGUCAAUGCAUUGACUAUGAUGGGAACAUGGCUCUUACCAAGUUGGCUGCCCUGGAGCCAUGUUGGUAGGGGCGGUGAAAGAUCUUUUCAUGCUUUUGCUGCCAAUUAAAAUGAGUUGAUAACAACUCGAUGUCAAUACUCAAAAAAAAAAAAAAAAUACUCAAUACCAUUUUACCA